AUGGCUGGCUACAACAAUAGACCACUAAGUUUCUCCGAGAGAAGAGGGAGCAUGCUCAGCGACGACAUGACGCUCAAUACCGGAUCCAGUUCCAGCAGCACAAGACUCGAGAAGAUGCCUCAACGGCCGGGACAUAUUAGAGGGCCGCCUACACCCAGCAUGACUACUCCUGCCGCAGACUUCGACCAGCAGUUGACGGGCUCGCCACCUCCCCCGCCCACACCAGCUGCCUCGCCAGGCCCCUCACAUCAUCAACUCGACUGGAGCGAUGCCGCCGAUGACGAAGACUUCUUUCUCGCCAAAGUGCGUCAUCACUUCAAGAACUCUGGUGGUCCUCACCGCACUCGCCUCCUGGCCGAUCUUCUGAACAUGUGCACAAGUCAACAGCUGAGCUUCGUUCACCAGUUCGUCAGCCCCCUUCUCAAGAAGGAUCCAUUCACGAGCCUUCCUGAUGAGCUGUGUUUACGCAUUCUUUCCUUCAUAGAUGACCCCAAGGUCUUGGCUCGUGCCUCGCAAGUGUCCCGGAGAUGGAGAGACUUGCUGAGUGAUGACAUGACGUGGAAGAACCUUUGUGUCAAGCACGACUACGGCAGACGCCUGUCGGAAGUCGCUUCAUCGAUGGGCAGUGGAUCUCGACCUGGUGCCCAGCCUCUAUGGGGAGACGACUACGCCAGCAGCAGUUUCCCAGGUGCGCUGCCUAUGACGGCUCACGCCUCUGGUUCCCGUAGUCUUGAUGGAUCCGGCAAUUCAAGACCCAAGAUGAGGUCUUAUAAAUCGCACUUCAAGCAGCGAUAUCUCGUCGAAGCCGCCUGGAGAUCUGGCGGCACUAGCACCACAAGGAAUAUCACUCAGGAGGGUGGUGUAGUUACGAGCUUGCACUUGACGCCCAAGUACAUUAUCGUGGCCCUUGAUAAUGCCAAGAUCCACGUCUUUGAUACCAAAGGCAAUCAGCAACGCACUUUGCAGGGCCAUGUCAUGGGUGUUUGGGCGAUGGUUCCUUGGGACGAUAUCCUCGUCAGCGGUGGGUGCGAUCGUGACGUGCGAGUAUGGAACUUGGCUACAGGAAACGUUCUUGUUGGCCACGGCGCCAGUGUUCGAUGCCUCGAGAUCAAGGGAGACAUUGUCGUAUCAGGCAGCUAUGACACCAUGGCGAAGGUCUGGAGUAUCUCCGAGGGCAGGUGCAUUCAGACGCUUCAGGGUCACUUCAGUCAGAUCUACGCCAUUGCCUUUGACGGCAAGAGAGUUGUCACUGGCAGUCUCGACACCAACGUCCGCAUCUGGGACCCCAGAACAGCUGAAUGCCUAGCUAUUUUGCAGGGUCACACCUCCCUCGUGGGACAGUUGCAGAUGCGUGGAGACACCCUUGUUACAGGCGGCUCAGAUGGCUCGGUGCGAGUUUGGUCACUGGAGAAGAUGUGCCCCAUUCAUCGACUUGCUGCUCACGAUAACAGCGUGACCAGCCUGCAGUUCGAUGAUACGAGGGUCGUCAGUGGUGGAAGUGACGGCCGGGUUAAGAUCUGGGAUCUGAAAACAGGUCACUUGGUCAGAGAGCUUAUUGCUCAAGGAGAGGCUGUUUGGAGGGUGGCUUUCGAGGACGAGAAGUGUGUCGCUCUCGCUUUGCGACAAAACCGUACCGUCAUGGAGCGAGUCCUUCAAGAGGCGCCUAACCGACCCUUGAGCGCCAUGCAGCUCGAUUACAGACAAACCCAGCCCACUGUCGCUGGGUCCAGUCGAGAAGCUGCCGGAAGUCAAGAUAUUGACAUGAGAGACGCGGGUCCUUCUACAGCCCCGCUUCAGGGCGGCAACAAGACUUUCUUCCAUGACGACUAG